CCACGUCUGAUGUGUGUUUGGGCUCAUUGUCUUGUUGAAACAUCCAACUGUGUCCAAGAUCAACCUUCUGCUGAUGGUUUUAGGUUUUCCUGAAGGAUGUGGAGGUGAUCCUCCUUCUUCAUUAUUCCAUUUACUUUGUGUAAAGCUCCAGUUCCACAGAGCUUGAUACUGCCACCACUAUGUCCAGUAGUAGGUUUGGUGUCCUUGGGGCUAAAAAAAAAGACCAAGACCCACCCAAGACAGCCCUAAACCAGUCCUAAAAAGGUCUAAAACCAGGACCAAAAUCAAAAGUCAAACAGUCCAAGAAGACGUUCAGAACCAGUCAGAAUCCAGUCUGAAACCAGCCCUGAAAAAGUCAGAAACCAGUUUGGUUUGGUCAGGACCAAAACCAAACCUAAACUACUGCCCCCAUCACUCUGGAACAGGGUAAAUCUGGACUCAUCAGACCACAUGACCUUCUUCCAUUGAUCCAGAGUCCAAUCUUUAUGCUCCACAGCAAACUGAAGCCUUUUUUCUGAUCAUCCUCACUGAUCAGUGGUUUUCUUAGAGCUACAGCUGUUUAGUCCCAAUCCUUUGAGUUCCCUUCAUGUGGAAAUGUUCUUACUUUCACUAUUAAACAGCCGUGAGUUCUACUGUUGAUUUCCUUCGAUCAUCUAAGAGUUUGUUCCUGAAGAUGAUGGUUCUCCACCGUCCUUCAGGUUUUAAUGAUGCGUUGGACGGUUCUUAACCUGAUUUUCAUCUCCUUAGGUGUUUUCUUUGCUUGAUUCAGGCCAAUAAGUUUCCCCUUCUGAGACAGAUUAACAUCCUUUCCAUGACCACAGGAUAUGUCUUCCCACACGGUUGAUUAAGAAAUGAAACAUAUUCAUCACUGCAGUAAUUAUCCAAUGGAAAGCUAUUACCUCGCUGAUUCAUUCAAUCCAGGUGGGUUUUUGUUUUUGGACAGGCAGUGUAUAAAUCCUACUGGAAGUGGGCCGUGAGGGAAACAUCUGGAACAUCAGCUUCUAUCUGCUGCAGCAGCUUCACUUGUUUCUGGUUUCUAGUUUUGGGGUUUCUUGUUCAGUUGCUGGUGGCUGUUUUUCCGCUGCUUUUCGGGAAUAAUUUCUUUUUGUUUCUGUUUUGGGUUUUGCUUUUCCAUUUUCAUAGAGCAGCUGGAGCGAAUAGAGGAAGGUCUGGAUCAGAUCAACUCUGAUAUGAAGGAGGCUGAGAAAAACCUCACGGACCUGGGGAAAUGCUGCGGCCUCUGCUCCUGUGAUAAACUGAAGGCCUUCGAGGAAAGCGGUGCCUACAAGGCGGUUUGGGGCGGAGCCUCCGGCCAGGACGGCGUCGUGUCCAAUCAGCCGCCUUCGUCUCGGGUGGUGGACGAGCGGGAACAGAUGAUGAUGAGCGGCGGAUACAUCCGCAGGGUGACCAACGAUGCCCGUGAGGAUGAGAUGGAGGAGAACUUGGCUCAUGUCGGCAGCAUCAUCGGGAACCUGAAGAGUAUGGCUCUGGACAUGGGCAACGAGAUCGACACGCAGAACGUCCAGAUAGAACGGAUCCAGGGGAAGGCGAUCCUGAACGUGUCGCGUAUCGAAGCCGCCAACCAGAAAGCCAACAACCUCAUGAAGCGAUAGAAGCUUUCCUACUUUCUCUGCUUUUUGUUGUUGUCUGCUUCGCAUUUCUCAUCAUGAACUUCCUCCAACAUGAUGUGUUGUUGUUAUUAUUGUUAUUAUUGUUAUUAUUAAUAUCCUCAGCUGCAGGAAGACUUCUGUGUGUCUUAGAAUAGAAUAGAAUAGAAUAGAAUAGAAUAGAAUAGAAUAGAAUAGAAUAGAAUAGAAUAGAAUAGAAUAUUCUUUAUUGUCAUUAUACAGUGUAUAACGAGAUUGCAGAGCUUCUUCUUAGCUUGUGUUUUAUUAUUUAUAUUACGGUUCUCUCUGAUUUGACAACUUUUUUACGUCACAUUCACCCUCGGCAGGCAGUUAGAAGCUUUAAAGUUUAAAAGCACCACCGACUUCACCACCGGCUGCAGCAGCGUUGAGCAGAAUCCAACUUAGAAACUGAAAAAACAAGAACAACCAAACAGAAAACGUCUCGUUUCUCGAUGGAGGAGUGACUCCGUCUGAGCAGAAAAUAUGCUCUAAAAAUAAAAAAAAAAAAAUGCUAAUUUCCCAACAUAAACAUCACUGCACUGCCCUCCUCCCUUCCUCUGCUCUGAUUUAGUGGGUAAAGUGAAAGCGGUGGCGCCCUCUGCAGGCCCAACAGGGAACUGCUCACAACAAGGAAACGUAUUCUUUUUAAAAAAAAAGAGGAUCUCUGGCAACACCAAGCGGACAAACAUGGAACUUCCAGCUCUCUCCAUCUUCUUAUUCUUCUGCGUGUUGAUAUAAAAUGGUGGUGAAAAGACGGAUCGGUGCUUUUAUUAUCCUCCAAGGCCACAAAUCAGAGCAUUUCUCACCAAUUAAAUGCUUGUGCGUGUUUUUUUUUUUUUCACAAA